AUGAUAGGAGGGCUCCUCUUGCUUGUUUACCGAAACCACGUGGAUGAAUUCAUCGGAAUUGUAUUUGGGCUCCUCUUGCUUGUUUACCGAAACCACGUGGAUGAAUUCAUCGGAAUUUGUUUCUCCUCCUUUGAGUGCUUUGAGAAGUCUGACCUUUAUGGUAUUUUCGAGGUCGGACUUUUAAUCAACGGCUGCAUCUUCGCCAUCGAACUGGUCUUCGUCUAUGAGAGGCCGACCUCGACUUUAAGGUGCUGGACAAAAAUCCGACCUGAGCUUAGCCAGCUGGUCGACUUGAACCUCGCCUUGAAUGUUCUGACCGGAAAAAUAUCGAGCGGUUUCUCGAGAAUGACCUCGUUGAACAUGCUGAACCUGUCGAGAAACGAGCUCACGGGCUCUAUCCCGACGGAUUUCGACAAGCUGAGGCUCUCGCUGGUCGACCUCUCGUACAACCAUCUCUCGGGACGUGUCCUGCCUUAUUUCUUGAAUGUGGCCGGUGAUAAGGCCCUAUUUGGGAAUCAAGAUUUAAGCAUGGACGAAAACGAGAGCGCGAGGAGGUUGGUGAACUCGGAACUUGGUUUUUGCGGUGGGAAUAACGGUAACAAAGGGUUCUUCAAGAGCAAAGUAGUUAUCUUCUGCACGAUUCUUCUAGCUCUGGUCGUUUUACUGCUCGGGUUAAUGCUCGUGUGCUAUAGGAACUUGGAGUGGGCUGGGCCGGGAAGCAAUCCUGAGGACGAAAAGGACAAUAGUCCUAACUCGAAAGGUGUUUAG